AUGCGAAAUCGUCUCCUUAAAAAGGACUUCCCUAUUCACAAAGACACAUUCAACGCCGCCGCCACAGUCGCAAGUAAAUCCACUGAACCACAUGCUACUCCUUUGGACGAGGAAAAGACCUUGACUCCCGCCUCCACCGGCGCCAUCAACAGCAUGAAAGCCCGGAGCCCUGCCUCCUAUAAACCGGCCGUCGCCAGGUCCAGCACAAUCAGAAGCGUCCGGAGCUUUGAAGGCUCCGAGUCUAGCCCCGAAAGCAAGUACAGCAAUUUCUCCAGUAGCAUGAACAGUACCACAAGCGCCCUGUCCAACUCCAACUCCGAUUCCAAGUUCCACAACCAGACACAUCUCAAAUCCAAGACCGAACACGACACACAUACAGCGACACCCUCGCGCUGGAGCACUGGUGCUGCGCGCGUGGUUGAGCCUACUCCAGAUCCAGAUAAUUCCGCCAUGUCAGAAAACGCUGAAGCGCCAGACAGUCAAUGGGACUCGACAAUAGGCAAAGCCGGUCUGGGAAAGACCGGUCGCGUGAUAAACAAACUUGUCAGCGACAACGAAGCUCUGAAGCGCGACAUAAAGAUUGAGCGCCUCAAAGCAGACGAGGCCAAGCAAGCGGCCAAGCUGGUUGAGGACAAGCUUGAGCGUAUGGUCAACGAUUAUGAGAGCCGACUACUCGAGGCCAAUGUUACUAAGGCACUGCUGGCUCGAAAAGAACGCCAGGUGGAGACCUUGCAAACAACCGUCGAACUAGAAAAGAAGAAGGCUAUAGAUGCUCUCCAACGCGAAAAGAGCUGGAGGGAGGAGAUGGAUAAGACGAGGAAAGAUGCAACGACCCAAGUCGAAGAAGCAACUAGCUAUGCGCAGUUGAUGGAGGGUCGCUAUAAUGCCAUCUCAUCCCACUGGCAAGAUCAAGGAGAAGAAGUCAAACGAGCCAUCUCCAAGAUGAAAUCCGAGAUCGACAAACUGAAUGAGGAGCGACGAGCAGACGACGACAAAAUACAGACACUUAGAGAUCUGUGCGACCAGCAAGAUAGCAACAUCAAGCAACUUCGACACGAAAAGGAAGAGAUUGCGCGUAUGUUUGAGGAAUACAAACAGAGCCAAGAACAAGGCCUCAAAGAUAUCAAGACCAACGCCAGAAAGCGAGAAGAUGAGCAAGAAGCUUUGCUAGAAGCUUCUAGGGAAACUCUCAACAAGCUGAGAUGGGCGCUGAACGUGAAAGAAAACGUCAAAGGCGCGCAAUAAAAAUAGCUAAUCUCGUUGCGCUGCCACCCAUCAAACAAGUUGUUGUGUCCGCAACUCACUUAUUUGACAAACUGCAUCUCCCUGCAUGUGCGAUUUGAUCGAUUCGAUUACCUCUUUUCGACAAGUCGACUCGCUGGGCCCAGUUUCUUUCCCGAAGCUUGAAACAGCUUCUUGACUUUACGUCUACGAAUACUUGAUGACCAUCGCCCCCCUCGAUACCACUCCUUGUAUACUCUACUCUUCUGCUCUCUAGACACAUUACAUGGCCUGGAAAUUUACGAUGGAUUUGAAUUUUUCUCUGUAACCCGUCUCAGUUACUUGCAUAACACUGGGAAAGGACGUGCCGAGGUGUUUUAGGUGUUUGGGGUUCUUUUUGUGUUGUGCUGAGGCUUGAUGCCCCACAAUCGAGAGAUAGUGAUAUAUU